CCAUAUAACCGCACUUGUCAGAGGUUUGAGGUCAUUUAAGAUUGCGGCCAAACAGACGGUAGGGACGACCUAAAGAACGGCUGCAGAAAUUUCAUCCCAUCUUUCUACACUGAUCCACCUCCUUUCUAUCGUAUCUCCAUAACAUCUUCACCGCAACCCAUUCUGGUCCUGUCCAUCGAGAAAACCUUGCUUUAUAUUCACUGUGCCCAUCUCCGAUGCCUUCUCCGGGACUUAUGAGGAAGCAGUUUCCCAGCAGUCAGUCUGAAAGCCUCCUAGUUCAACCAAAUUUUCUAGAACAGCACUCGCCUUUAGAGAUGUUGACCUCUAUUUGACCUAAACCUAAGGCAUUGUUAUACAUCAUACAUACAUUCCCCGACAUCUUUGAGGGAUGAAUACGAUGAAUUCUGUCGAGUUUGCCUGCCCCUACCAGGCUCGCACAAGCAUCCGUUUUCAACUACACCCUCGAAAGGAAAAACGGAGUACUUGCCGUCACUUCAAAGAGGGGAGGUGCAUUUUCCGGUGGAACCCGAAUCAAUGCAGAUUCCCACAUCGCCCACAGCAUGCACCCCGGUCUGAAGACACCGACCCUCUGUACUUGGGCUACUACUUGAAUGAGGCUGGCCAUGGCGGAAGAAACAUCUUUUAUUGUCAUUCGGCGGUAUUAUCGCCUGGGUUUAUGGUGGAACCUCGUCGGGUUGCUGCCGGUUGUCAUCCUCAGCGGAUGGAAGGCUACUACGGCCAUCCGAGUGUCCCCCAGGACGUCAUUCCUGAGUGCUACAGCCUGCCCACAUCUGCUGCAGGCCAGUACAACUACACUCAGGGCUCCCAGAUCUACCAGGGCCAGGGCCAUAAACCUUACGAGCUCUCUUCAGCGCCUGCCGACUCGUCCUCCAUCGCGCUUCUGAGACGUUACUCAUCGCUAUGCGUACCUCACGCAGGAGACGCAAAAACUACUCCGCCUCAUAAUCUCCUCGUCAAUCCGGAGAAAUGCAAGCGGGAGCGCAGCAAGGCUUGUUGGUACGGGAGGGAUUGCAAGAAGCCCGGUUGCUACUACCGCCACGAUACCGUGAAUGAGGGGGGCGAUGACAGGUUUCCUGGGUCCGCUAGCGCUGAUUCGGAGCACAACAUGAAAGGGGCGGGCGUCCAAGUGAGCCCUAUCGGCCGACAGAUCCCGACUAAGAUUGACGUCUCAACCGUCGCCGGAGACGGACAUCCCGAAAAGAAGCCCUCCGGCGACCACUGGCACAGCAUCUCAAAACGCGCCCCGCCGCUGGUAGUGAACGGUACCAACUAUAGCCGUUGUGCCGAAAACAUUACCGCCACCGCCGCCUAGAAUACCGUACGCUUCGAC